CGUUUUUUUGUGUUUCGUUUUACACACCACGGCAACGGGUAAUAUAAUUGUAAGACAAGACGGCAUGGACAAACGAGGAAACAUGCAGUUGAAGGCAGCGUUAUCUGCUCUUUGCCAGAUAUUACCUGGAUCUGCUUGGAACCCGGAAACAUUCCGAAGGGCUAAGUUUAACCGCCCAGAAGCCUGUCCUGAGUUUUGGAAGUUGCUGCAUUGUGUGUUUACCCAAAUUUACGAGAGAAAUGAAAACAAAAUAGUUGAAAAUCAAGUAAUGUAUGUAAAAUCCGUACUUCGAAAUCAGGGCUAUGGAAGGUCAGCUUUCUAUAAUCUUCCAUGCGAUGGGACAGAAGGCAGCAGGGAAUUACUUCUUGCGUUUUCUUGGCUUCUUGACAAACUAAAUCUUCUUGAAAGACUUCUAGAAGUUAAUAGAGUAAAAUUGGGGGACGAGAUAAAAGUUUGCAUGUGUCAACGGGAACUUUCCCCUAAAGAAAAUGGAGAUGUAUUCUCUUCAGAUAAACAACAAAUUCAUAUACGCUAUCUGGUAUGGUUGAAUGGAAAAUUACAAUUAUGUUGGAGGACCCUUCAUGGUGCACACCAGGAGAAAUGUGCAUUAUUAAAUAAGAUCCAUUCCUACACUCGAGGCUGUCAUGUUGACCAAAACAUCAAGCACUUCUCCUUCGUUGAAACUGACCUUGUUCAACAACCUGAAAGCUCCAUUAAGUUACUGGAGUUGCUGGAGUGUGAAAAUUCUUUGUUACAAACAUAUUUGGAAUGGAAACAAGUUGAACCAGUGUACUGGAAAUGGAUGGAGAGCGUCUUGGAGUCUGUUUGUGAAGAUGAGCAGAUGCUUUCUGACCAAAAGAACAAAAAUCAUUUCUUUCCUAGUGUUCUUUAUCAUAAUGCCAACAUUUGCUCCAUAGAUAUUGACACAUUAAUUAGUUGUACAACAGAACUAGGAAAUCAACUUCAAGAGUUAGUGUUUCUUAUGGAGUCAGCGUGGCACGGAAAGGUGAAAGUACUUGAGAACAAACAUAGUUGCAAAGAACUGCAUGUGACUGGGAAAAAAAUUAAAAUAGAGGCAUGCAAGAAAACAAAAGAUUUGAAACUACAGCACCGUUAUAUCACAAAGAUACACAGUAUAUUAAGAUUGUUUUUUAAGGACAGUUUUGAGAUCAAGAAAGGUGUUGUGCCCAAUGACCCAGGAAUUAUAUUUGCAGCAGAACUUAUAGCACAGAUACAAAGAGCAGAAGCUGAACUGAAAGCUGAGUUUCAAAUGUUACUGGAAGAAUGCCAACAUAGGUUGGAUAGCAUCAUGGAUCAAUUUGAUGGAAUUAUUUGUAUGGCUCAUGCAAAAAAAAAAUAAUUUAUAAGCUUUGUAAAUACCAAAUCUCUCACUUCUGCUAUGCAUUGAUCUAAAACAAUACAUCAAUGUAACCAUUUUUUACAUUGAAUAUUUCUAAUCAGUCUUCAUAUUCUAUAUAUAAAUAUGUAUGAUGUGGGAGAGGCAGUGAGUAAGUAUAAUAUAGUGAAGUGUAAAUAUUUAAAAUAUGACAUUAGUACACUUAGUUAUUUUUCAAUUCAGACUUGAAGGAUCAUGGUUAUUAGGCUUUGGAAUUGACUGGAGCAAGUGAGCUGUGUGUUUUUUUUUCUUUUAAAAAACUUUUAAUUUGUUU